UCUGCUGAACGCAGCCAAGGCUUUUGACAUUUUGCCCUCAGUGAUUUCCAUCCUGUGUCUCACAUUUGGCGGCAAUUCGUAUGUUUCAUCGUUAGUCUUGAUCAACCUUGAUAGUUGUGGCACGUGUUUCUAAAUAUUUUCAAUUUUAUUAUUUUAAAUGUUUCGACAGUUUCAUUUUUCGAAACAUCGAAUUCUAAGAUCUAGUCAUUAAAUCUUUUUUAAAAACCUUGCGGUACAACGAUGGAUGACCCUAUUCAUAAUAUUCCAAAUACGAUUGAUUUUACGAGCCAAAGUUACUCACCUAUGUCUUCAGCUACACUGAUUGCUGGAGUAAAAUUUAAUAAUUCCCCGUUAGAAGAAAAAAAAAAAGUGCCAAAAAGACGUAGUAAAGCUGAGUUUAAAAAGAAAGAGCUUGUGGAUGAAAAAUAUAAUGAGGAACUUCAUGAGCAAAGAUACAAGCGAUUGAUGCAUUUAUUGAACAAAAGUAAAUUUUAUUCAUCCUAUCUGAUAAAUAAAAUUGAAGAUGAUAAAAAUAAAAAAGAAAGGACUAUCAGAAAGAGGGUUAAGAAUCUUCCUAUCAAUGAUGAAAAUGUAUCACCAGUAAAAAAAAGAAUAAUAAAGGCUGAUAUAGAAAAAUAUAAUAUACAAGAAUAUAUAUCUGCAGAGAUCAAGCAGCAAGUGCAAGCUACAAAGGAAAAGAAAAAUCUAAGUGUAAAAGAGAUAGAAGAAGUAUUGUCCAUAGAUUCUGAUGUUGCCACAGAUCCAAAAAUCACUGUUAAUAGCAGUGUUGAACCCGAAUAUUUUUGUGGUAAUUUACAUGAUUACCAAAAAGCAGGUUUAGAAUGGUUAAAGUUGCUCAAUGAUAAAGGUUUGAGUGGAAUCUUAGCUGAUGAAAUGGGACUUGGGAAAACGAUACAAGUUAUUGCCUUAAUAUGCUAUCUUAUGGAGAAGAGACAAUCAGGACCUUUCUUGAUAAUUGCACCUCUUUCCACUAUGCCAAAUUGGCUAGUAGAAUUUGAAAGAUUUGCUCCGACCAUACCAGUUAUUUUGUUCCAUGGCACACCAGAUGAAAGAAAAGCUAUAUGUACAAAGAUUAGACAUAAAUAUUUUGUCACAAAUGAUUACAGCACACAGCCCGUUGUAAUUACUACAUAUGAAGUACCAUUGCAAGAAGUUAGAUUCCUACAAUCUCAAAAAUGGAGAUAUAUUAUAAUAGAUGAAGGGCAUCGAAUAAAAAAUUACAACUGUAAACUAAUCAAUGUCCUAAAAACAAUACAAUCUAUGAAUAGACUGAUAUUAACUGGCACUCCUCUUCAGAACAAUUUAUCUGAAUUAUGGUCUCUUUUGAAUUUUCUAUUGCCAGAAAUUUUUGAUGAUCUUACUGUGUUCGAGUCAUGGUUCGAUGUCAAAGAAUUACAGCAUCAGCAUGGCGCUGAAAAACUUUUGAAACAGGAAGAAGAGAAACGUAUAUUAUUGUCAUUACGCGAAAUUUUAAAACCAUUCAUGUUAAGACGAAUCAAAACAGACGUUUGUCUAGAAAUUCCUCCUAAGAAAGAGUUGAUUGUUUAUGCACCACUCACGGAAUUGCAACAUGACUUGUACAAGGCAGUAUUAAAUUAUGAUUUAGAAAUGCUGAGUAAAAUCGAGAAACCGGAUACAAUUAUACAAACUGUAAAUGGUGAAAAACCAAAAAGGAAGUGUUUUUUAAGAAGUAAAUACGGAUCUGUGGGAGAUAAAUCUGAAAAUAAAGUACUGAAUACUUCGCAAGAAAUAAAAAAUAAUGCUAUCGAUGAAUGGAAAACAAUGACAUCUGUGGAACGAAAAAACUUGUCAAGAUGGAAACAGUAUACAGAUGUUACAGAACGUAAUAAAAAUUUUUUGGUCAGAAUCCAAUUUCAACAAAGAAUUCCAAUGUAUAAAAAGAUUGUAAAUCAUCCAUAUUUGAUUCACUGCCCAUUGGAUUCAACCGGUUUACCAAAAAUCGACGAUGAUUUGAUUAGAUCUUCUGGUAAACUUUUAGUACUGGAUGCUAUGCUGGCAAAACUUAAAAUACAGGGUCACAAAAUUUUAUUAUUUUCGACAAUGACUAUGAUCUUAGAUAUGAUUGAAGAUUAUCUCUUAUUACGAAAUUAUAAUUAUGUAAGAUUAGAUGGCCGAACUCAAAUUGAUAUAAGAAAAAAUAUUAAUGAUUUUAACAACAAUCCGAAUAUGUUCCUGUUCCUGAUAUCAACUAGAGCUGGUGGAGUGGGCUUAAACUUGGCGAGUGCGGAUACUGUUAUUAUAUAUGACAGUGAUUGGAAUCCACAAGCAGAUAUACAAGCUAUGGCUCGAUGUCAUAGGAUAGGACAAACAAAACCCGUGGUUAUCUAUAGAUUGUGUACUAGAGGAACAAUUGAUGAAGUGAUUAUCAAGCGAUCUGAAGCCAAACGCAUUUUGGAAAAAAUGGUUAUCUCAAAAGAAUUGCAAUGUUUUAAUAAAGAUGUUUUAUUGAAUCUGAAACAGCUAAUGGAAUCCAGGGAUUACAAAGUUGUUACAUCUAGAAAAGAGGUAAAUUCGUAUUUUUUUACAGAGGCGGAGCUGAACAAAUUAUUAGAUAGAAGCGACUUGAUAAUUAACAAACAAUGAGAUAAUUCUCAAAAAUGUAUGAUAUGAAUUAUUUAUACAAAAUUUAGUAAAUAUGUAUUGGACAACUUUUUAAUAUAUACAAUUGAAGUAAUAUAACAUGAAUAAUGGUUAUUUAU